GCGCGCCUACAAAUUUUAGCCUCGACACAUUUCAGGCUCUGGACUCACUGCGUGAUGGCGACGAAGUUUUCAUUGUGGUUUAGUUCCUGUGUUUGGCUCGCUGUGUCACUAUGCGUUUGCUUUGCCUCGUCCCAGCGCCACAGGUCAGUUAAUGGGGCAUCCCGCAUCAGAAGAGAGCCGGCAUGUUUGGAUGGUACCUACAACUUUACAACAUGGAGCUGUUGUAACUGCCCUGUUGGACAGCGAGUAAUACAGCAUUGCAGUAAUGGCAAUAAAAAGGAUGGAAAAUGUGAAAUCUGCGAGAAUGGCAAAUACAACAGUGAGCCUAGUAACCGGGAGACCUGUCACCCCUGCACCUCCUGCGCACAGGCAAAUGCUAAUUUAGAAGUAGAAGAAGAGUGCACUAUUGGUAGGGACACCAAGUGUCGAUGCAAGACAGAUCACUUCUGCAGCAGUGAAAGUUGCACAAUCUGCCAUCCAUGUAAAAAAUGUGGAUUUGGUGGUGUUAAAGAAGCCUGUACAGCCAACAGUGAUGCAGUCUGCAAUGAAAAUGGUGGAGUUAUUGCUGGAAUUAUUAUUGCUGUAAUUAUUAUUCUAGUACUUAUUCCUGGAGCCGUUGUUGGAAUAAUCUGGAUAGCGAGGAGAAAACAAAAGAAAGAGGAUGAAAAGAGCAAAGAAAAGCUCAUCCGCCGUCUUUCAGAUGUUGACAUUGAUCCUCACCUGUCUGAUAUUGCAAGGGAGCUUGGAUGGAAAAAUGCAAGAAACCUAGCUCUCCGCACUGGGAUAAGUAUGACUACUGCUGAAUCUUAUGAAAUGGAGUAUCGAAAUGAUGCUGAGGAGCGAACGCUGCAGCUGCUACUGACGUGGGUGGAGAAGGAAGGCAGACAGGCCUCAAAGAAACUUAUAGAAAACCUUGUGGAUAUGAAACAAAAGAAAAAAGCGGAACAGAUCAGAGACAUAUUGUUAAAACAUAGUUCACCAUCAAACAAUCCUGCAAGUAACUGCUGACAUGUAUACACAAUGAAAUUGAAUGACUUUGAAUUCUAAAGAAACAAUCUUGCAAAGUUACCUCUUGAUUUUCAAUUCAGGUUGUGAAAGCUGAUUUCGAGUUGCAAUAUAUCUAAAUUUGAUUGUUUUUAUUUUUCAGUGUUUUUAAUUUCAUGAUCAUAAUAAUAAUAAUGCUCAUUUUAAAAAAAUCCACGUGUCAUAAGGGACAGAUGAAUGUCUUGCUACAGCUUCUAUAUUAUCUGAUAAUAUUUGAUGAAACUGGAGUUUGUAAAAGUUUUGUUUCGGUUUUGGUUCCUUCCUUGCUUUUCAUGGCUUAUUUUUAGGUCUAUUACGUAGCUGUUAUCUAAUGCUAAUAAACAUUUUUCAAACUUCAAAAGAAAAAACACUUAAAAUAAAAACAACUAAUAAAAAUGUCCUCUUUCAUUGGCCCUUUGGCUGGGUUUUGCACAACAAGAUCUUUGUUUAAAGGAAAUAUAUUAAAAACUAUCACCACUUCCUAGCUUUUUAACAUUAUUAAACCCAUCCAUCCAGUAAUUUUUCCUGCCUGAGAAGAACUGGGGUGUUCCCACAUGAGAUAUAUAAUCUCUCCAGUGACUUCUCGACCAAAGCUAUUGCUGUUUACCAAAAACAAACUAAAAUCUAAAACUGGAAAUGAAAAAAAAGUUAACUAAAAAUAAAAACUAGGCUUUUGAAAAAUGUACUAAACAUAAUUUUGUGAACAUGGAAAACUAACUAAGAUGUUUUUUAGUUUGAUUGGAUAUUUUUUUUUCCAAACUUUUAUCCUUAUGAGACUUUGUUGGGAUGUUAACAAGACAGGGAGUCAACUGUUUUCAAAACACUGUAAUACCUGUACUGAUUUUCCUAAAUCUUGCCCUUCAUACAAUAAUGUCACAGUUCUGGGUCUUUCUGACCCAGCUUUUUGUGUUUUUAUAUUAUGGUUUAUGUUUUGAGUCCUUUGUUGUACUAUGUUUGUUAUUUCCCUAGGUUUCAGUUAUGGUUAUCAUAGGUUUAGUUCUUCACUGUGUUCCAUGUUGUGUCUACUGUGCCUUUCUGUACCAUGUUUCAGGUUACUAUGUUCUGUCUCCACAUAUGCUGUUAAGUUUACAUGUCUAGAGUUCAGUCAGUGUGUUUCCUUUUACUUUGAAGGUCCAUGUCUCAUUUCAGUGUUUCUAGUUUGCUUCCCUUGUCUCAUCCAGCCUGAUUACUCCCAGCUGUGACAAAUAAUAAUUAAUAGAGACUAUAACUAAUACAAAAACUGAGUAAAAAUACCACCAACAGCUGACUGUGGAAUAUUUAGAAGUAAGGACAUUUCACAACUGGACAUGUUGCACAGGUAGCAUCCUAUCACGGGUAUUUACUUGAAACAAUUAAUAUACAGCAGUAUUUUGUUUAUAAUAAAAUGGAAUGGUUGUA